AGUUAGUUAGGGGGAGAGUCUAAGUGGUGAGGAGUGGAACCGUUACUUGGUUGUGCAUCUGUCACCAUGGUAGAGACGCGUACCGGAACGAGCACCUCCCCUUACACAGCAGAACAGGAUGCAAAAGCCGCCGCCAUCCUGGAGGAGAGAAGGGAGAAGAAGGAGGCCAAGAAGAAGGCCUUGCUGGAAGAACAGGCGGCGAAGAAGAAGAAGAUUGAAAAAGAGAUGGCGAAAGAACUAGAGAGGUUGACGAAGGAGGAGGAAGAAAAACUUAGAGCGGUAGAGGCAGAAGAAGAGGUAGAAGAACAGCCACUGGAGAGGAGUAGGACAAGAGGAAGAGGAGAACCAAAUGGUGUGAAGGAAGACCCGUUGGAGAAGAAGAUUGCGGAAUGGGUGGCCAAUUUAUCCCUGGGAGAAGAGGAGGAGGCAUUAAUGUAUGUAACCAGGGAAGAGCAGGAGGCGACCAUGAAAGAGUGGGAUGCAGAGGAAGACCCACUCAAGCGGCAGACCAUAGAGGAUAAAAAGAGGAUAGAGUAGAAACUGCGACUGAUGAGGGAAAGGAAAAAGAGAGUGGACACAGUGAGCCAGGCGGCAAAGGAAUUGAAAGAAGUAAAAAAACAGGGAGAGC